GGGUCUGGGGGUGGAGGUUCCAGGAUGGUGCAAGCUGUGUGCAUUAGGCUGGCCUAGGCAGCCGAGGAGGUGGCACUUGUGGUGGCUGCCUUGUCCCAGUCCUCUACAGACACGAUGGUGGCCUUGCAGAAGAAGCAGUCCUUGUUGUUCAUCAGAUGCUGGUUGAUGCAGGCUCUGCAAGAGGGAAGGGGAAUGAGCUCUGUCUUGUGUGUCCUAGUCGCCGCCCAAGUCCAUGGGGCCCACUUACUUGCAGGACUUGUGGCCACAAGGCUGGAACACAGCAGAGAUGGGGUGGGCAUAGCAGAUUGGGCAGAGGUCCUCUUCACUGGUGGGCUGUGGACGGAGAGUGAAGGGUGGGUGGGGCUGUAUCUGUACCUACCCUGGUGUGCACAGAUGUACUGAAAUAGCAUGGGCCUGUGUGUUUUAGCUCCACUCACCAGGGAGGCCGCUGCUGCCUGGGCAGACGCAGCCGUCAGGUGUGCCAGCAUCUGCUCCACCUGGGCCAGCUCCUCCGCAUUGAUAUAAUCUGUAUCUGGGUUAGUGGUAGUUGGUGUCAGGUCCCUUGUAGGACUAGAACUCAGUGCCUCUUGAAUACUCCCAGUCAGGUGUAUUGCUGUUCUUGAGGAUCCUGAGCUUUUAGAACACCCUGGAACUCUUUUCUGACCCACCCCUGGCCCACUUACAACUCUGUAGAGAGAAGCGUUUCCGGUCCGGGGCAGGCAAGGUAGUGCCAGGUGCUAGGGGCUCUGGCUGCCCCAGGAGAUAGCAUAUGGAACGGAGCUGGAAGCAGGGAUCAGCCAGGAGCACCGAGGUGGCUUGCUCUGUCCUAGACAGGGAAGGUGCAUAGGUAGUGGGAAAGCGUUGAGCCUGUGUGAGAAUCACCUCUACUGUGGGGUGGGCUGACAACCCAGAGGCCUCAUUAUUACGCCUUCAUUUUUUGCAUUUUGAUGCUUACCAAGCCUCUUAAGUCCCGGGGCCUUAGUAGGACCUGACUCUGAUCCCCAGGACCCACAGAAUGGAAGGAGAAAAACCACUGUCCCACUAGUUAGCAUCUGACUUCUCCGUGAGCACCUGCAUACACAAAUAAGUAAAUCUCUAAAGGGAGAAGGGCGAGGAUUCCGCCUACCACAUAAUACAUUAAUCCUUCAAAAUAACUUAGAACAUAAACGACAAAAGGAAAAAAAAAAAAAAAACCUCAAGACUUUCUCCUUUUGCUCAAGAGGGAAAUAAGCCUUCCAGUCAAGCGAACUAGGACGUUGGCGCCCUCUAGCGGUCACGCUGGGUCUUCCAAGUGCCGGGGCAUGUGGCUGCCCCACCCCUUAACAGCAGGAGCCAAUAGGAGCUUGGGUCCCCACCCCUGAGCAGUCACUUCCUAGUGAGUACUUAGAAUCCCGUCAGAAAAGCACUUGGAGAAGCUAGCAGAACAGUAAGAAGGGCUGGGGCCCCAGCUCACAACUCCAGACCAGAAGAGCAGAAGCUAGCUGGGAGGGUGGAGCCGAUACUGCCUCUCCAGCCAUGGGCCACAGGGAACCACAAUCGGCAAGCCCGUACGCCAGCAGGUGAGUCACGGAGCUGCUGACCAGCACUGAGCUGCCCCCAUCUCUUCACUGGUGGUCACUGCCAUGGCCUGGCUGGUGGUGCCAGGCAUACUACUGUGCAUGCUGGGUGCUGGAUUAGGCACCUCAGAUUUGGAGGACUUUCUGCCUCUUGCUCCCCACAACUGCCCCAAUAAAUGCAUCUGUACUGCUGAUGUGCUGAGCUGCGCGGGCCAUGGAUUACAGGACGUGCCGGUAGCAUUACCUGCCACUGCUGCAGAACUCGACUUGAGCCACAAUGCACUCAAACGCCUGUACCCUGGCUGGUUAGCACCCCUCUCCCGGCUGCGUGUCCUGUACCUAGGCUACAAUAAAUUGGAUGUGCUGGGCCACGGUGUCUUCACCAAUGCCAGUGGCCUGAGGAUACUUGAUCUAUCAUCUAAUAUGUUGAAGAUACUCCACACCCAUGACCUGGAUGGACUGGAGAGGCUGGAGAGAUUGCUUCUCUUCAAUAACCGCCUGGUACACUUGGACCUGGAUGCCUUCCAGGGUUUGAACAUGCUCAGCCACCUCUAUCUUGGCUGCAAUGAACUCACCUCUUUUUCUUUCAACCAUUUGCACGGUCUGGGGACAACUCACCUGCGUACUCUAGACCUGUCCUCCAACUGGCUGAGACACAUCUCCAUCUCCAGGCUGGCUGCACUGCCAGCUUUCCUCAAGAAUGGGCUCUACUUGCACAACAACCCACUGCCCUGUAACUGCCGCCUCUACCACCUGCUCCAGCGCUGGCACCAGCGGGGCCUAAGUGCCCUGCGUGAUUUUGCACGUGAGUACACAUGCUUGGUCUUCCAGGUUUCCGCAUCCCGAGUGCGCUUCUUUGAGCACAGCCGGGUGUUUGAGAACUGCUCGGCUGCUGCAGCUCUAGACUUAGAACUCCCUGAAGAACAGCUGGACACGCAAGUGGGGCAGUCCCUGAGGCUCUACUGCAACACCAGCAUGCCUGCUGCACGAGUAGCCUGGGUUUCACCAAAAAAUGAGCUGCUUGUUGCACCAGGCUCUCAGGAUGGCAGCAUUGCUGUGUUGGCUGAUGGCAGCUUAGCAAUACACAGGGUACAAGAGCAGCACGCAGGCAUCUUUGUGUGCUUGGCAACUGGGCCCCGCCUGCAUCACAACCAGACCCUUGAGUUCAAUGUGAGUGUGCAUAAACCUCGGCCUGAGCCGGAGACUUUCAACACAGGCUUCACCACAUUGCUGGGCUGUAUUGUGGGCCUGGUGCUGGUGCUACUUUACUUGUUUGCACCACCGUGUCGUGGCUGCUGUCACUGCUGCCGGCGUUGCCGGCGAGCCUGCCGUAACCGCUGCUGGCCCCGAGCACCCAGUUCACUCCAGGAGCUGAGUGCACAGUCCUCAGUGCUCAGCACCACGCCACCAGAUGCACCCAGCCGCAAGGCCAGUGUCCACAAGCAUGUGGUCUUCCUGGAGCCGGGCAAGAAAGGUCUCAAUGGCCGUGUGCAGCUAGCAGCAGCUGAAGACUUUGACCUGUGCAAUCCCAUGGAGCUGCAACUCAAGGCUGGUUCCGAGUCAGCCAGUUCCACAGGCUCAGAUGGUCUCAUGAUGAGCUAGACUGCCGGGUGUCCCCAUACAGGACACAGACCUCCUGCUGCUUGCCCUGUCUGCUGCUGCAUUCUAGAGAACUGACAUGCUGGGGGGAUGCACUGUGCCUGGUCCUUCAACUGCAUGUGAGCCUUGACCUGGACCAUAAUCGUUUUACUCACUGGUAAAGGGGUUGAGGCUCCCCAACUUGCCUCCUGCUCUGCCUAGCUCAGGAUAAGGCCUCGGACUACAAGAGCCUGCUUUCCCUAGGACCUCUUUGAGUCACCAAAUGUCCCAUGAAGAUUAGGGACCAAAACCAUCUGGUAAGAGCCCUUGCAUUAAAACUCUGGGAGCACUUCAAGAGUUAAAGCAGAUGUUAGGGUGUGGUACAGAAGUCGGGCAUACCACCUUCCCUUCUCUGCCAGGGAGCUCACCAAGGAGGGAGAGGGCAGCUCAGAAGAUCCAGCUCCCACUCUUAGGAUGGAAGGAAUAAAUGAGCCCUUCCUCUGCUGAAAGAGGGCCCUGUCUACUACCACCACCCAGCCUCCGGAAAGCUUACGACUCCUGUGGAGUCUGGUGGGCAUGCGUGGCUCCUUCAGGACACUCCUGCAAGAGUAGCCCUGCUGUCUUCAGCUAGAGGUGGAGCCAAUCCCAUGGGCUCCCAACCCAGCAGAAAAAGCCUGGCGACUAUGACUGACCUGGGAUUCAUGUCCCUGGAGGGCAUGAGGCCUCAUAUGACUGGCGCUCAUCUCAGCCUAAUGGCUGAAGCAGUAUCCUGAACUCAUAGACUCUGCCACUCCUACAAGGCGGGUAGGGAAGAGGGUCGGAGCCCCUCCCAGGAUGAGCUGGUGGCUUUCUCUGUCCUGGAUGCCUACUAAGGUAUUUUGUAAUA